GUAGACAUAUAUUAUCACUAAUGAUGGCUAGACAAAUUUCUUCAUUACCCGAUCAUUACAUCCUACACCGUUGGACUAUACAUGCUCGACAUCGUAACAUUGGGGUUGGCAAUAUUGUAUUUGGAAGAAACCUCACAAGCUGUGAAGAGAAGAUUAAUUUGUUGAAAUCUUGGGCUUUAAGAGCAAAAUUCAAUAAUGCGCUCGAGCUUGCAUUUGAUUCAGAAGAGAGGAUGCAGAAAUUAGAUAAUGUGUUAACAAAAUUCAUAGAAUCACUUGAAGAAGAAGUUAGAGAAACAGAAACAGAAGAUAAUCCUCAGAUUUUCGUACCCAUUUCACAUACAAUGGAGCACAUUCCUCAGAUUACAGUUCGUGAUCUUGAUAGAUCUGCAAGGACUAAAUGUCGUCCACGCAAUGCUACUAGAAUUCAGUCAGGCUUAGAACAAGCACAAGAAAAGAAAGAGAGAAAAAAGCGUAUAUGUAGCAGAUGUGGUGAACUCGGGCAUUAUAGAACUAGCUGUAAAGUCAACUUGCCAAGCUAACCCAAGUUGUGAAGAAGAAGAAGAAGAAUCUUGUAGAAGCUGCUGAUUGUUCAAAGAUGGAUUGUUCAAAGCUGGAUUGUAGAAGCUGCUGAUUGUUCAAAGCUGCUGAUUGUAGUUGCUGCUGAUUAGUAGAAAUGCAAAUGUGUACCAAUAUUGCUUGCUUUAGUAUUGCAGACUAGUAGAAGCUGCUGAUUGUGAACUCUGAUUUGAAGAUAGCAAAUGUGUUCCAAUGCAUAAUGUGAACUUUAUUUUUGUAUUGCAGACCAAUAUUGCUGCUGAUUGUGAACUCUA